AUGGAUUACAGAUCAUCAAUGGAGUCUUCAGAAACCUUAAGGAACAAGUGUGCAGCUUGUUAUAGACAAUUCAACAAAAUGGAACAUUUAGUGGAGCACAUGAAGAUCUCUUACCAUUCGGGUCAUGAGCCUACUUGUGGCGUUUGCAAGAAACAUUGCCGAUCUUUUGAGUCCCUUCGGGAACAUCUCAUAGGGCCAUUGCCAAAACAAGAAUGCAAGAACAUUUUCAGCCUUCGCGGAUGCAGAUUCUGCUUGACGAUCCUCGAAAGCUCGAAUGCUCGUAGGAUCCAUCAAGAAAGAUGUCAAUUCUCGAGCGUCAACUCGGGUCUGACGACUCGUAUGGCGGCCUUAGGCCUAAGAGAUAAAGCCUUGAUUGACUACAUGUCAUCGCGGUCUCCAAAAGUUGUUGCACUCUCUUGCAAAAUGGUAGGAGGAGGAAGCGAUGGGUCGUUGGAUCUAUGCGCGAGGGUUUGCAUAACUGAUGAGAGCGACAACGUUGUGUUCCACACGUAUGUGAAACCGUCUAUGGCCGUAACGAGCUAUAGGUACGAGACGACGGGGAUACGUCCGGAGAAUCUAAGGGAUGCAAUGCCGUUGAAACAGGCUCAAAGAAAGAUUCAUGAGUUUCUUUGUAAUGGAGAACCCAUGUGGAAGAUUCGUCCAAGAGGUGGAAAAGCGAGGAUUCUAGUGGGACAUGGCCUCGAUCACGAUCUUGACCGCCUUCAACUUGAAUAUCCUUCUUCCAUGAUAAGGGAUACUGCGAAAUACCCUCCGUUAAUGAAAACAAGCAAGCUGAGUAACUCUCUCAAGUACUUAACCCAAGCCUAUCUCGGUUAUGAUGUUCAUGUUGGGAUACAAGACCCGUAUGAAGAUUGUGUAGCAACGAUGAGGCUUUACACAAGAAUGAGAUAUCAGAAACACAAGAUUGAAGCUUACCCUUUAGCCGCCGAUGCGCAGAACCGUAGCAACCAAGUGGCAUGGAGGCAGAGCGAGGUUGAGAGGAUGUCCCCUGAUGAAAUGCUCUCCAUCUCUCGCUCCGACUAUUAUUGUUGGUGCUUGGACUCUCUUGUUUAA